CCAUGUACUCCAUUCCAUUGUCAAAUUCAGAUUUCAUUUGACAUUUCAUUAUUUCAAUUUUCAGUGCGUGUUUGUCUGAUGUCGACGCAAAAAUAAAAAUGGACGUGGGCUAUAUACUAUAAAUAAUUUUGGACUGGUUGACUCCGAGAUGUAUAACGGCAUAGGGCUUACAACUCCCAGGGGUUCUGGUACUAACGGCUACGUACAGAGAAACUGGGCGACGGUCAGGAAAACUAAGGACUCGGCAAAUUACCGUACCGAGGAAGAGAUAGCCAAGUUAGAUGCUGUGACUAAUAAACAACCAAAUCGAGAAAUUCUUGAUCAUGAGAGAAAAAGGAAAAUCGAAGUAAAGUGUACUGAAUUCGAAGAUACACUUGAGGAGCAAGGGUUGCCACGGGAGGAGAUAGCGGCCAGGGUUGCGGCCUUCAGAGCUAAGCUCUCGGAGACCAGCGACAAAGAUGUGCCCAGAGAUGAAUAUGGAAGAGUUGCUGUUCGGGAGACACACGCAGUCGCAGAGGCGCAGCAGGAGAAGAAUGCGAGGCUUCGGGACGCGUUCGGAAUCUCGCCCCGUUUCGUGGAGGGAACCAGCCUCGACCCUGAGAGGAGGGCGCGGGAGGAGGCUGCGAGGUACCCGCUGGUGAGGACGCCGAGCCACGAGCGAGACGACAGCGAUCAACAUCUGACCAAGAAGAAAAAGAAACGAAGCUCGUCACCGGAGGCCAAGAAGUCGAAAAAGAAGAAAUCGAAGAAGAAUAAAAAAGAGAAACAGGUGAAACUUCAGCUAACACUGCACGAAAAGAACCUGUUAUGGAGACUCAUACGGAGGCACGAAUCAAGUAAGAAAAAGAAGAAGCGUGCCAAAUCUUCUGAAUCCGACUCCUCGAGUAGCUCAGACGACGCCAGCGACUCGGAUUCCUCGGAUGACGAGAAACAGAAAAAAAAUAAAAAGAAAAAGUCGGGCGGAAAACGACGUGCACGUAGUGAACAGAACAGUCGUGAAAGCUCUCCACAAAAAGCGAAGGAAAAGUCCGUGGAACGCUCCAGAGAUGUUUCAGAUGUCGACCAAAGAAAAUAUCGCGGCCGUGACGAUCGAGACAAUAAAAACGACGAGCUUUUACGAGCGAGACGUCAUUCUAACGAGAGAGAGAGACGUCAUUCUAAGGAUAUAGAGAGACGUCAUUCUAAGGAGAGAGAUAGAAGUCAUUCUAACGACCGUCGCCGUCGGUCGCCUGAGCAUAGACAACGAAAUGAACGUCGAUCACCGGAACGUCAGCAAAGAUCAUACGUAAAUAAAAUUAAUAAAAGAAAUGAAACCAAUAAGGAUGAUCUAGAUAUACUUAAACCAACUGAGAGACAAUCGAAACGAGAUCGUAAGAGAUCACAGUCUUCAGAUGUAGAAGUCGUAAAAUCAACCAGAAAAGAUAGAAGACAAAGAGACAUAAGUGAGUCCCCGCCACCUGAAAAGAGGCGUCGAAGAAGCCCUUCAUACACCGAGAAACCCGAAAGCUCUUACUAUAACAUACAACCACGAAGAGAUGAUUCGUAUAAUCAAAGAGAUUCUAGAAAAGAUGAAUCUUACUAUCAAAAAGACAAUAGAAGACAAGACAAUAGAAAUCGUCGAGAAAGUCCCUCUUACGAAAGACGAGUGUCAAAAAGAGAUGAAACACCAGAAAGAAAUGAAAAUAAAAAGUCAAAUUCGAAUCAUGAUAAUAGGCAGAAAACUUAUAAUGAUCGACAAAAGGAUAGCAGCCGUGAGAAUCAGAGUGAAAGUAGACGCGAUAGAGAUAGAAGUAGAUCUAAGGAAAGACGUGAAAAUAACCGAGAGAUUAAUAAAUCUAAUAAAAAUGACCCUCGCGAACCUAGUCGUUCUCGCAAAAAGUCCAGGGAAGAAAAAUCACCAUCGAGAAGUUCAGAUGUUUCACCUCCUCGAAAAAGGCAAAGCACAGUAGCCAAAGUAAAGGAAACCUACCGCAAAGAAAGAAGUGCAUCUAAAGGCCGAAGACAAAGCGUAUCACAAGAACGUAAUGGUAAAGAUUCUCCGCGUCGGUAUAAAGAUAAACCUGAUAGCAGAUCAAGAGAUGAAAAAAGAAAACGCAGUAGAUCGGGCCAUAGAUCAAGCUCUCCAGAUAAUAACAGAUCUAAGUCGAACCUGAAACGUUCCCGAAGCAGGUCUACAUCGGCGCGGAGGCAGCCAACCGAUAGAAAAAGUAUCACACCAAUAAGAACACGAACCGACCGAAGAAACUCUUCGCCUAAGCUUGACCAUUCAGUUACUAAUGAGAAGGAAGAGAAAGUAAAAAAGCGAAGCAAUGAACACAAAGAAUCUCAACGUGAACGUUCAAAAUCUGGUUCAAAACCGAAGAGUCGAAGUUCGUCUAGUCUCAGCUACUCACCAGCCCGGAGAAGUCCGGAACGAUACCGUGAUAUUAUUGAAAAGCUCCCAGAAAAGGAUAAGAGAAAAUAUAUUAAAUCACCAUCGGCUUUGAAGUCAAAAAAGAAGAAUAAAAAAGAUUCAGCCAAUUAUAAACCGAAGACAGUCUGCAUGAGGAGUUCGUCCAGUGAGAAUGACGAUUCUGAAGAUGAUUUCAUAAGGAUAAAUGACCGGGCGCGUCAAGAAGAUUUAAAUAUGAAAGAAUUGGAUAGACUCAAGGAGAGGUUAGCAAAAUUGACGAAGGCUACAAUCGAACGAAACAGGCGUGAAGAAGAACAGAUAGAACCGUCUACGUCGCAAAGUGCUAAUGUUGAGCUGAAUAAUUUUGACAUUGCAAGAAAGUCGCCGAAAGAAGAUUGUAAAGAGAUGUCUCCUACUGAAAUGAGCUCGCAGAAGAUUGUAACUCUUAAAAAAGAAAGUCCUGUUAAAGUAGCAAGUUCACCUGAAACCAAAUUACCAAAGAAAAGAACAGAUCGAAGCUGGUCGCGGACGCCAUCCCGUUCGCGUUCGCGGUCACGAUCACGCUCAGCAUCCAAGUCGCAAUCUCGUGUCAAGUCGUCACGGUCGCGUUCUCAAUCACGGUCGGCAUCACGAUCAAGAUCUCGCUCACGGUCUUCGCGGUCCAGAUCUAGGUCUUAUUCUUCGUCAAGAGGGUCCCGCUCAAGUCGCUCUUCGUCGUACAGCAGCCGCAGUUCGUCUCGCUCGAGUCGCAGCUCUUCCCGCUCCACUCGUUCCUCCAGAACAAUGACGGGCGUGUACGCGGAUUACCGCAGAUCGAGCGUAUCGCAUCGAUCGCAGUCGCGAUCUAAGUCACGGUCAAAGUCGCGGUCGCCGUCGAUUCCCCGCCGAGCUGGCUCCCCCAGUUUCCUAGACAGGCGUCGCAUCACGAGUGCUCGUAAACGCCCCAUCCCAUAUAGAAGACCCACGCCGUCGUCGGCCUCCAGUGGAAGUUACAGCAGCAGAUCUUCGGAGAAGAGUUGGUCGCAGUCUCCUGGACCAGAUCGUAAAGAAUAAAAGAAACAAUCCUUGCUUACUAAUGUCGUUCGGAAAUGUGGUGUAAAAGUAGCGUCGCCGUGGUGCUAAAAACACAAGCAUCAUACUUUAGACUGGGGCAUUAAGGAGUAAGCCCACUACACUAUACCAUAGGCCAUACCAUGCUAAUAGUAGAACAUAAGGAACGGAAAUAAACACGACACACACACUACAACACAUCAUACGACAAUUGGACAUAGUUCCUGAAAAACGUACCAAGCCACAAACAUUACAUUUUAAGUGUUUAAAGUUAAUAAAUAUUAUUGUAUUCCAUACAUGUGUGUUGGGCUACUAGUCAUGAUGUCAUUUAAAGAGUGACAGUAGGGCUGCCAUUUUUUGUCAGUCCGUUGAUAUGAAUCACGUGACCAGUUUUGUGUUCUUAACUGAAUUUCGACUUGAUUGUGGUUUGGAACGUUCGGGAAUUACGUUCAAAUUGUUGAAUUGCUGAGCAUGACACGUGACCAUACAAAUCUGAAUAAGAAGGUAGGUACUAGGAGUUACAGCUCCGUUUAAUUAGACGCCUCGCAGGUGAUUUAUAAACCAAUUGUGACUAAUUAGUGGUUUAGUAUCAAUCGGAACGGCGGACUUUAAACAACGCGUAAUAGGGUGUGUUUUAGUAUUGUGUAACGGCGGUAACUCUUACCUUCACAACCAGCAAUUAUACCAUUCACAACAUAACGAUGCAUAUGUAACGUUUUUAUGACUAAAAAUGUUUGGUUAUCGUUUUACACUAUGAUAUUCCUAAUGUAAUCGUAUUGCGGUCAUUAUGCGCUCUAUUGCACAAGUCUCUCAUUAUCCGAAACGUUGCAAGCUUGUAAUGCAUAGGGGACAGUCGGUCCGCAAGUAAUUAACACUUCUUAUCUGUAUAUGUAUCUUCUUAUUUGGAUUUAUGUGCACGCGGCAGUGUUGGUUGUUAUGUAACGGUUUAAUGGACAUAUGCUCAUACUUUUCAGUGCAUAUUUUUUUCCUGACAUGUACCUAGCACAGACAUGGUUAGAAACAGUGAAGUGGGUAGAUUCCAGAUUGACGGAAAUAAGAUCAAACGCCAUGUAUAAGUUGGUGGUUUUAUUAUACUGGUAUUUUAUUAGUUUCUUUUAAUAACCUAAGAUUUACGCUAGAAGCUUAAGAGUUAACCUUGAAAAAAUGGAGUUAUUUUCUGUAGGUUUUAUAAUAUUUGACAGAGCCGAAAUAUGUAAUAUUGAAAAAAAAAUACACUACUUCACAACUUAUAUAACUAAAGUUAAAAUUUUACUGUUUUUUACAAGAUACUAUAUGGCGCUUACGUUGAUUUUUGACGGUUUUGCUCACUUUUAUCUCUUGCUAGGUCAGUACCUACCUAGGCCACCACAAAGGGUGAAAACGGAUAAAUCCACACUCAUGCGGUUUCAAUUAACUUUGAAUGUAUGUCCUUAAGCUUCGCUAUGUACUUAAAUAUAUUAAUCCCAGUGAUAUUGAUUUUAUAAUAUGUAAAUCAUUAGUUAAAUUUUUUUCAACAUAGGCUAACACAUACUAGAUUCAGUUGGGUUCAUAAUAUUGAAGAGGAUCGAAUGAAACAAUGCGAAAUCUAUUUUCAAAUUGAUAUUGAAAUUUCGAAUAGCUAAUUGUUUUUAUGUAUUAAUUACUAUGAUUCUAGUCAAAAGGAUGAUAUUUUUUAUUUAUUUUCUCAAGUACCUGCAUAGGUAAUAAUCGAAAUAUAAUAUUCAUUUUUAAAACAUUAGAAUAUGUACAAUCUUGUUACUUUAUUUAUUUUAUUUGUUGAUAAUAUUAUUUUAUUAGAUUUAAGAAAAUGCACCACAAAAUACUCAAAACAAUAAUAUAUUGUAAGUCUUAGAAUAAUGUGCAAUAUAUUUAUUGAUGGAACUUUAAUUUAUUUAAAGUAAAGCUAGUCAUUGAUGUUUGUGAAAUGUUCUUUACAUUAACAUGUAUAAAAGGUGAAUACUCAUUGAUAUUUUUAAAAAUACAUUCCAAGUAAAUAA